UUACACUUAGCACAAUGCAGUCCGGCAAGUCCCGUUCUCCUGGUAAGAGCCAAACCCAGACACGUCCAUCGGAUUGCCAGACAGAGAAGCGUGAUUCGUCACUCCAGAUAACACGUCUCCACUGCUCUAGAGUCCAUCCAGUAGUGGCUUGGCGACUUCUGGUUGUUCCCAGUUGCUUCCACUUUGUUAUAAUCCCACUAACAGCUGACUGUGGAAUAUUUAGUAGGAAGGAAAUUUCACGAAUGGACUUAUUGCACAGGUGGCAACCUAUCACGGGACCACGCUUGAAGUCACUGAGUUCCUGAGAGCGUCCCAUUCUUUUGCAAAUGUUUGUAGAAGCAGUCUGCAUGCCUAG